AGGUGUUCAUUCGAGAUCGAGUAUGGAAAUCACGACCCACCUGUCAUUCUACAGACGCGCACCUUAAUACCUGCGUGAUCAGCUGGCCAGCGGCAACGUGUCUCAUGUUAGAUCGUUUUCCCCCCUUCCACCGGCCUCUGUCAGUUUCGGACAACAUGCCCCUCCCCUUUGUGUCUGAAGCCAAUUGUCGUGAUGAUAUCAGCCUGAAGAAGCGGUCACAUAAGACCCAACAGAGAUACAUGGACCCUGAUACUGGACAAUGUGCGGAGCUUGUCGUCCAAGCGGUGAAACCGGUCUCUGGAACAGACGUAAAGGAGGUCAGGAUCACUGAUCAGACUCGGAGGAUCCCCAAGCUUGUCGUCUCGCUCUUCCGCCCGAAGGAUUGCUCGCCAAUAAACGUGAUAGUCUUCGUGCUGCUUUGGCCGUUUAGAUUCCUCAUCUGCUCCAUUCAUUUGCUCUUCUGGCCGCUCGAUGGUCUACCGAAGGGAGGUAUGGGAGGAGGCGUCAACGUAACAGAAUAUCCGCCUUAUCUCAUGUAUUAUUGGGGCCACUUAUGGGCAGCUCGGUCACAGAAAGAGCAUUCUGUCUUCAAGAAGGCUGGGGAGCAUCGCAGGCGUACGCCCUCCAGAGCUGUUUCCAUGGCAAAUAGCAUCACCCGCCUCUUACGUCCUCGUCAAAAGCGCGAAGAUGACCCCCUUCCCACGACGCCUGUCAUUACUUCUACUCCAGAGAGCACGGCUCACAGCUUUUACCCUUCUCGACUCGUCAUUCUUCGCGAUGAUGUUUGGGAGGUCUGCGAUGAUCAUGACAAGAUAGCUCACCAUCAUUAUUUCGCCGUCACCUAUCGCCAGAGCGACAUAUUGGAAUCUGGGAGAGGAGAGGAUGAAUUCAUCGCAUCGAUCCGUUCGGCUGCCUCGCAGUGCGAAAUGAAGGCUUAUUGGUUGGAUCUCGAGUGCAUGGGUACCACGGACGAGGAGAAGCAUCUGGAUGUUUAUCAGUUGGCAGACAUUUACCGCGGUGCCGAAUUCACCCUCGUCGCCCUUCCCAAAUCAGAUGAUCCCACGAAUGCUCAAAGCGGGAGAGCCUGGAGUAACUGGAGUGACCGCGUGUGGACACUGCCGGAGAUCUUGUUGAGUAAGGAGUUGCGAUAUAUGGUCGGACCUAAGGGUCCAGUGACGAUGAUCACUCUCCGUGAACUCGCUGGUUUUGCUUAUGGGCACGAUAGCGAGGAGGCUGCAGUUGUCAACGUUUGCGCUGGCAUGGAUCGCAUGUUUCAGUUGGAACAUCUGACCUUCUUGAAGGCCGUGAUUUGGCGUCGAGGGACUUCCUCGCAAGACCCGGAGAAGCCUCCGCCGAGAGCGCAAUCUCGGGCGUCGAAAGGAAUAGACAACCUUUCCUAUGAAGCUGAGAAGGUGUACGCUCUGAUGGCCUUCUUUGAGCACCGAAUCAUACCUUUCCCUCCUGAAAGCGAUCUACAUGCACUAGCCCGGCUUUCGAUGAUUAACGACGAGUACCGUAUAGCAGAACGAAUGCUUUCCAUGUUCCCCCACGAAAUCCCAUCGACAUCUUGUUGGUAUGCUGACGAUGAUCAGUACAAAGCGCAGUUCUGGGACAUCGAACCAGAGGUUCAGGUUGCUGGAGUAACAGACAAGGGGGCGCUGGUUCUCGAUGGCUGCCGAGCUGCAUCCAUCAGGUGGAAGGAUUUUCCAGAGGUCGGUGUUCAGACGACGGAUUCCGGCUUCCGUCAACUGGUCGCCAAAAUAGCUGUAUUUGGUAUUCCAGGCUUCUAUGCCUUCGCCGUGCAGUGGAUUCCGUGGCUGUGGAGUAAACUCUCCCGAGAGACAGGUAAUGUAAGCGUGGACUCUUCGGAAUCGUGCACUGGGAGCUCGUGCACGAUCAAGCUUUCCCUUAGCCCUGCGGCGGCAAUUCUCGCUGUCAUUCUCUUCGGCUGGGCCACCAUACUUCUCAUUCUCGGCCCGUUCAUGAUCGCCUAUUCGAUUUCUGGACGUAUUCUUUUCACGCAGCCGUUCCUCAUCGGAGUCAAAGGCGCCUUAAAGGUUGAAGAAGCUUCGCACUACCUCUACCGUGCGUGGUUAGUGCGGCCUCGUCUUGCCUACACGACCAGUGGUUCCGUGCUUGCCGAGCAUGCAGGGGAGGGGGAUAUCCGGGAGGGAGACAAGACCCAAUAUGAUGAAGUUAAGAAGCUGAACAGAGACGACCUAUACACUCUGAUUGACACGUCCACCGGAACUCUCUACUAUUUCACUGCAAAGCCGCCCGCCGACGGUGUGUCUGUACACGGGGCGAGAGGGUGGGCUGGGUAG